GUGUCAGAGAUAACUUUUCAAACUACUCAGUAUUAUUUUAUUAAUAAAUUUACAGGUAUGAACCCGUCACCUACAGAGUCAACGUCGUUUGUCGAUUCGAAACCUGAAAAUGAAAAAUUAAAAAGUCAGAUUAUUAGUUUAAUGCGCAAUAUUGGAUACUGUCAAUCUGAAAUCUCUUAUUUAAGUUGCAAAAUUGAGGGGCUGAAUGAUCUGUUAGAAAAUAUUGAACAACUUGGUUUGCAUCGAGAAUUAGUUAAUCAAAAGUUAUCGGAGGAAACUGCUGCAGCAAAUAUCAGUGACUUGGAAAGAGAGAUUCAAAUAUUGAAAAAUGAAUUACAGGAACAUCAGCGUACAAAGGAAAAGUCUUCUGAUACUUUAAGUGCCGAUAAACAACAUCCGGCUGUGAGGGAAGGGAAUCAUAUUGAACAACUUGAAUUGCGUCGAGAAGAAGAGUUAUCUGAAGAAAUUGCUGCAGCAAGCAUCAGUAACUUAGAAAGAGAGAUUGAAGUCUUGAAAAAUGAUUCACAGGAACGUCAACGUACAAGUGAACAAUUUAAUGACAAUUUAAGUGAUUUUGAUGAACAACAUUCAGAAUUACGUCGAGAAGUAGUCAAUGAAGAGUUAUCUGAAGAAAUUUCUGCAGCAAGCAUCAGUAACUUGGAAAGCGAGAUUCAAGUAUUGAAAAAUGAAUCACAGGAACAUCAACGUACAAGUGAAGAAUCUCAUGACAAUUUAAGUGGCUCUAAUGAACAACAUCCAGCUCUAAAGGAAGACAAUCGUAUUAAACUUGAAUUGCGUCGAGGAAAAGUAGUUAAUAAAGAGUUAUCUGAAGAAAUUGCUGCAGCAAGCAUCAGUAACUUGGAGAGCGAGAUUCAAAUAUUGAAAAAUGAAUCACAGGAACAACAAACAAAUGAAAAAUCUGAUGAUAAUUUAAGUGACUCAGUUAAACAACAUCUAGCUCUGAGGGAAGAAAAUCAUUAUCUACAAGAUGAUAAAUCAGCUUUGAAGAAUUUUAUUCAGAAAUUACAGAAUAGUUAUGAUGAAGUGAUGAAGCAAUUUUUAGAUACGAAGAAUAAAGUUGAAUCAAUACUAAGUCAAGUCGAAAAAUUGGACGGUGAUAUUAUCGCAUUAAAGAGUGAAAAUGAAAAUUUAAAAAAAGAAAAUUCGGAUAUAAACAAACAACUGAACGCAAAUAGUGAUAAUUUAGAUGAUGUGUACAAUAAAUUAGACCUGUCAAGAAUAGAACUUUCUGAUAAAGAAGCUCAACUUAAAAGUUUGGAGUCAAAUUUCAAUGAUUACAAGUCUAGGGGAGAAACUUUAUCAGCAGAAUUAGAUAAUUUGAGAAGUGAGGUAGAAAAUAUAAACAAACAUUGUAACACAGAAUUGAGAACAAUGGAGGAAAAGGAUAAAGAAUUGUCCGCGGUAAAAGAUGAGCUUGAUCAACGCGACCAAAACUGGAACCAACUUAAAAAAGAGUCCGAUUCUCUAAAACAGGGAAUAAAAGUACUAGAAAACGAUAACACAGUUUUAAGUAAUCAACUAAAAAGAGUAGACUCAGUAAUAAAUAAGCUUCAAGUAGAAAACGAUAGUCUGAAAUUGAAAAUAAAAGCAUUUGAUAGAGAACUUAAAAGUGACGAAAUUGAUGGUGGGGUAGUGCAGAAAACUCAAGAAUCAAUGAAACGGUCAAUGAAUUUAGAAACUGGUAAAUCGGAAAGAGAAUCCACUCAUUUAAAAAGUGACUAUACUCAAACUGAUGUAGAUGUUUCUUCAAACACUCUUCAAGAAAACUUGAAUGUUUUAAAAGACAAUGCAGUAAAAUUAAAAGAAAAAAUUGAAACACGUAAUAUUGAUGAUGAUCAGUUGGAUAAAGAACUUAAUAAAAUGAAAAAUCAUUUGGAAAACAUUGAGUUGAAAUCUAAUCAGACAUUGAAAUUGAAUGAGGAGCUUAUGGGUAAAAUUAAAACAAUGAAUACUGAAACUGCUAGCUUAGACAGGAAAAUAGCUGGGUUGCAAGCUGAUAAAAACAGAAAUACAGGAAGUCUCAAAGAUAGUUCAAAACAUGAUAGAUUUCAAGAAAAUUUCAAUGCUUUAAGAGACAGUGUGGUAAAUUUAAAAGAAAAAAUUGAAACGCGCAACAUUGACAAUGAUCAGUUGCAUAGAGAACUUAAUAAACUAAGAAAUCAUUUGGAGAACCUUGAGUUGAAAUCUAAUCAGACAAUGAAAUUGAAUGAGGAGCUUAUGGAUAAAAUCAAAACAAUAAAGAAUGAAACUGCUGGCUUAGACAGAAAAAUAGUUGGGUUAUUAACUGAUAAGAGCAAAAAUAUUGAGAGUAAUAGAGAUACUUUAUCUGAACACGAUGGUCUUCAAGAAAAAAGUAAAUUGGAAAUGUUGGAAUUGAAUAAAAGAGAUACGGAUGAUUUUGUUGCAACUAAAAAUAAUGAUGGUGAUUUUAGCACGAAUAAGAGUUCACGUGAAGUUAAAUCUAAAGUUUUGAGUGACAAGGUUGAUGUGGUACUCACUGAUCAACUUGCUAAGGACUUUGAAGCUCAACAAAAGGAAAUGGACAGCUUAAGACUAGAGAAAAUGACUUUGCAGGAUAAUUUAAAGAAAGCAGAGAAUGAUCUUAGAAAAUACAAAAAUGAAAAUCGGAAUUUAAAAGACGAAAUUAGUAAAAAAGUUGAUGCACCAUUAUUCCGAGUAGAAAAAACAUAUGAAGAUCAUGAUAACGUAAAAUCUGAAAAAGCCAUGAUAAGAAAGACAAAACUAAAUGAUCAAGUACUCAACACUUCAAAAAGUUUUAAGCAGAAAUCAAAUGGCAAAUCGCUCCUGGAUAACGAAAAUAUCAACGAAUUGUUAGAUUUUAUUUGUCGGAGGAUGAUAAAACAAAUUGAAGGUAGUAUGAUUUUUUAA